UUCUGAGCUUCAGCUGUCUCUUCUUUCGUUUUGUUCUUCUUCUUGCAUCUGAGGAAAGGUCGAACUGGGUUGUUCCUUCUGUGAAAGUUUGAUUAAAAAUUAAUUAAUUGUAGAAAAUGAGUAAUACUCUUCGAAGGUUGGUGACACAGAGUGUGGUGAGGAACGCGAGAAGGGGACAUGACUAUGCCCCUGCCAACUUCAAGAAACCGACUAUGGAUGAUCUCCCUGUGCCCAGUGGCUCCUGGCAGGACCAUCACAACGCCAUGCAGGCCAAGUACAACAAGCAUUUAAUUCUUGGCACUGGAUUUUUUGUGGUCACGCUAAUUGUGGCAAAGGCGUCCGGCUUGUUCUACUUCAACUGGAACCCUCCACCAUUCCCCGUAAAGGACUGAGGAAUUAGUUAUCACAUUUAGUACCUAUUAAAAAUUACAUCCGUUAUGUUUUAAUUUCUAAAUAAAAUAAAUUAAAUUAAAGUUA